GAUCGGUUGGUUGAGUUCCCAGUUUAUGAACUACUGGGCCUGAGCCUGCCAUUGCACAUCACUGCUGCUAUCUUUGAGGUUUAUAUGCAUACCAGAAAGUAGCAUUUUGAUUCUUGCAUCACCUGUGGAAGUAAAUCCGCUGUGGUCACUGAUGGAAGAAUACCAUGUUUCCUUUGGUCCAAGGGCUGAGAUCACUUUGGUCCGAUGCAGAAAUAUUGUGAGCUCAGGCUAAGAUACAGAAGUGUAUAUAUGAGCAAGCCAUCUCUUGGUAGGAAUGUGCACUCUCCAACCCACCACCACCCAGUCUCCUCCUAGGGUUUCAAUGGGGAGAUCUCCCUGCUGUGAUGAACAUGGCCUUAAGAAAGGUCCCUGGACUCCUGAAGAAGACCAGAAGCUGGUCCAAUACAUUCAAAAGCAUGGCCAUGGCAGCUGGAGAGCACUCCCAAAACUUGCAGGACUUAAUCGAUGCGGCAAGAGCUGCAGGCUCAGAUGGACCAACUACUUGAGGCCAGACAUCAAGAGAGGCAACUUCUCCCCAGAAGAAGAGCAAACCAUUCUCAACCUCCAUUCCAUCCUAGGCAACAAGUGGUCUGCAAUCGCAAUGCACCUUCCCGGGCGGACCGACAAUGAGAUCAAGAACUUGUGGCACACUCACCUCAAGAAGAAGCUGAUCCAAAUGGGUUUUGACCCGAUGACGCACCGCCCGAGGACCGACUUCUUCACUGCCCUUCCCCAGCUGUUGGCUCUGCUCCAGCUCCACCAGCUCAUGAACAGCCACCCACAGGAUGACGACCACACUGCACGGCUCCAGGUGUUGGAGGCAAUCCAGGCUGCAAAGCUCCAGUAUUUUCAAUGCCUGAUACAGUCGGUCAGUGCCACCUCAAAUAACUCCUACAACUGUAGUGACUUGGAGACCAUAAGCCUGCUUAGUUCUCAGAUGACUUCGUCUUUCCCUUCUCACAAUCCUCCUCAGAAUAUUGAUAGCAGCAACCAAUUGGCAUCCUUCUUUGAGCCACCUGAAAGCAAUGAUACCAAACAAUGCUCAAACUUUUCUGGGUUUAACCAGGGAGAGAACAACAAGCCAAGAACACCAUUUGCAUCACCUCUUCCUCCUCUCACUGAUGUCUCGGUUACAAACCAGGGGGAUGGUUGUAGUAUUACUAGCUGUGAUGGAAAUGGGACUCCUUUCUGCUGGCCUGAGAUCAUGCUUGAUGACCAAUUUAUGAGCGAGUUCAUCUAA